AUGGCGAUACAGAGCGUUUCGAGGUACCCGAGCAGUCCGGCAGAGGCGACCGAACCGCCCAAGUCAUCAAGAAUUAGUUUCAGUGUCGCGUCAAUACUGGCCGAUACUAAGGCGAGCCAAGCAGAUGAAACUGCUGAAAUAAUUCGGCAUCACAGGACAAUCCCUGAGUCGCCGCUAAGGCAGUCGCCGGCGGCGCAACCUGAGCUACCCGGGGCAAAAUCUCUGUCUCCAAGACCGUCAUCCCAAACACCUCCUUUAAAUCUUAACGUCACUGCAACUGUCACAUCAUCAGACGAUGAGUACGAAGAUUCUGUUAAUCAAGAAGACUCGAUAGUGGAUGUUGAGGACCUACAGAAUGGUAUUCCAAGUGACGAUGAAGAAAGGUCGUUAACGGGAACCGAAAAAGAGCGACUAGGGCCAAUAAGGCCGACACCUUUUAGCGCCCUAGCGGCGGCAGCGGCUGCGUAUCAUAGUCUUGGUUGGCCUGGACCUCCAUCUGUCGUACCCUCCUUUGGACCCCUAUUUCAAUCGCAUUUUCCUGUUGGACAUAUAACAGAUGCAAACGGGGAGCCACCAAAACUUAAAUGUAACCUGCGAAAGCACAAACCGAAUCGCAAACCUCGCACGCCAUUCACUGCUCAGCAGCUGAGAGCGCUCGAAAGCAAGUUCGUCGAUAAGCAGUAUUUGAGCAUCGCUGAACGAGCUGAAUUCUCGUCGUCACUCGGACUAUCUGAGACGCAGGUCAAGAUAUGGUUCCAAAAUCGGCGGGCGAAAGCGAAACGCGUUCAAGAGGCGGAGAUUGAGAAACUCAAAAUGGCGCAGUUUUCCCGCCAUCCCCACCACCUGUACCCGCAUCCCGCGCUCCAACAGUAUUUCCACCCCCAUCCCCUCAUGGGAGGAGGGCGCCCUAUGCCGCCCAUGGGUUUGCCGCCGCAUCUAUCUAUGGUACAAUCCCCCGUAUCGGGAACCUCCUCGCCGAGCACUCAAACGAGCGGCCAGCAAUAA